GCAAAACUCCCUCGGCCGGCCGGAAGUGCUGGAUCCCGAGGACGCUCAGCUCUAUGGUAUGUUCUCGCCCGCCGGCCGCGCAUAGACUCCUCCCACCUGGACGAGUCCGCCAGGAGCUUUUGCGCAGGCGCCUAAGGGCAAGGCCGCGUUGGCUCGGAGGCACGAGCGCCCCCUGCCGUCGUUUCUGUUCUUUUUUAUGUUCAAGUCAGGUUUUGCUUCCCGACGCGCUCCUGUAAGCGCAUGCGCUCUCGCUCGCUCUCAGAGCGUGUUUUAAACUGGCGGGAAAUUUCUUAUUAAUUGCAAGCAAGCAAGCAAUAAAUAAAUAAAUAAAUACCAAGAGCAACCCUGCGAAAUAAACGAUAUAACAUGCAGUUCCUAAUGUAUUCAGCACUUAUUUAGAUGUAUUAAUUCAGUUGUUACUGCUACAUGCUUAGAAAGUUAAGGAGAUAGCAAUCUGCUUUAACUUUAAAGUGUUGUAGAUUUUUCUCAUUCCUCCCCUGCUUUUUUCCUUUUUUGUUUUGCAAACUGUGCUGUCGCUACAGUCAAGCAGCGUGCAAAUUUUAUGAAAUGAGAAAAAAAUAAAAAACUUCCUAUUUGAAAUGUGUUUAAUUAAUUAUUAACACCAUUGUUAAAACCAUUGUCUUAAAAAAGAAAAAGGAGGUGACAGGAACUGGCUUCAUGAUGUGUGAAAGCAAAGCCAUUGCUUCCUACUGCUUCCUCUUUGACGUUUUACGAUUAAUCCGAGCCUUCAGAAGCGAGUAGAGCUGCUUUUCCAUGGAUAGAAGGGCAAGCACUUUUGCCAACUCAUGACCCAGGGGGCAUUGAGGCAGGUGGACUCAGGGGGGAAGAUGUGUGGGGCACCAUGUUGGAGACCCCUGCCCCAACUGAAUACACUUGAGGUCUGCUACCUAGUACUGUACAGUGAGGCGAGCGGGCAGUGCUGGAUUUAUGUAUAAGCUAAACAAGCUAUAGCUUAGGGCCCCACUCUCUUGGGGGCCCCAAAAAAAUUUAAAGCAAAAACAGAACAAAACAAAACUGGAUGUACAUUUCCAAAAUUGUAUUUCAGUUCAACAAUUACUUUGAUAAAAUACAUAUUUUGUUAUGUGCAAAUGGCUUUAGAUACCUAUUAGGUCCAUCAAUUACCAUAUAUCAUAUAUUCAAUGCAAAAAACAGCAACAAUUUGUUGUUGACAAAGGACAGCUGGACAUAUAAAGGGCCCCAUUACCUUCAGUAGCUUAGGGCCUCAUCAAACCUAAAUCCGGCCCUGGGAGCGGGUGGCGCUGUGGUCUAAACCACUGAGCCUCCUGGUCUUGCAGCGGUUUGAAUCCCCACAAUGGAGUGAGCUCCCAUUGCUCUGUCCCAGCUCCCGCCAACCUAGCAGUUCGAAAGCAUACCAGUGCAAGAUGAGCACCGCACCCCAUAGUCAGUUUUAACUGGACUUAACCAUCCAGGGGUCUUUUACCUUUACACAUUCAGUAUUGCCUAAAUGGGCAGCUGGAUGUCAGAGUAGAUGAUCCAGUAGCAUGAAAGCAUUUUUUUGGGGUGGGGUGGGUGGGGUGGCAGGUACUUUGUCCAGGUACCAGAUGGAUCAGACCUAAGAAACCCCACUGUUUGUCUCCUGCCCCAAACGCGCGUGCCAGCAGAAACAACUCUAUCAGCCCUCAAUCUGAGCUUGUUUCUCUUGACUCAUCCACUUCUACUGUUACCUGAUUCCUUUUGGAACAAGCUUCAGCUCAAUUCCUCCCUCAGAGUCUCUGCCCAAGCACUCGGCCCCUUUCAGAAUCUGGCAACAGGCUUUCCUCCUGGAAAUAGCAUCCCAUUGUGUGCCUCUUUGGAGCCAUUACCUCCCUCCAAGAUUCAUUUACGAACAUAAAUGCUGAGCCAUCCUUCUGAAACCCGAUGCCCUCCAGAAAUUUUGGACUACAGAUCCCUUCAGCUCCAGAAAUGCAGGCUCAAAAACUGGGGAAGGCUGUAAUAAGCACUCUCGUUCAAAUAAUUUCAUAAAAGAAACAGUCGCUUCCAGAGCAGGUGCUCAGAUGUAAAGGAGGUCGGGAGACUUGUAGACAAAUUCCCCCAACAUGGUUGCUCAUGCUUCAUUUGUGAGCAGGUCCGAAAAAUUGAGUCUAGUGGAAAUACAACCCUCAAUGAUUUUUUUUUUUUUUUUUGAAUGCACUUGCUCAACCUAGCUGCCAUGGGAAGAGGUGAAAACAACCAGAAAAGCAGACUAGAAAAAUGAACGCAAAUAAAACCCAAAUAAAAUCUGAGGUAAAAAGGUUGAAACUUAGAACGCCAGACAAAAUUAAAAACGGAACAACUAAGCCUGGACUCAAGGGAAAGUGUGGAUGAGCCCCAAGAGAUGGGAAGGUAAAUGAGCAUUUAUUUGUGCAGCGCGCAAAUAGAUAAAAGCACGACUAAAUGGAUACAAUUGCCAAAUUAAAUAAAAACACAACUGAGGGCAACAAUCUUUCUGCAUCCUCAGCUGCUAAUAUGUAUACAGCCUUAUUUGCCAAUUGUAGCCUUAUUUGCCAAUUGGAAUCUCUUAAGGGGGAUGGAUUUGAAGUAGGGGCCUUUCGUUUCUGAUCCCACUGCCAGUCUGGAUUGGGUUUGAGGGUCCCUUACCCAGCAAAAUGCUCUCUGGUGGGCCCCCAUCUACAUUCAUGUCUGCCGCAGCAGGUUUAUGGCUCCACAGUUUGAGAUAGGCAGCUGCAAGCAAACCACCAUGGCAAUUACAGUGGUACCUCGGGUUAAGAACUUAAUUCGUUCUGGAGGUCCGUUCUUAACUUGAAACUGUUCUUAACCUGAGGUACCAUUUUGGCUAAUGGGGCCUCCCGCUGCCACCCUGCCACCGCCGCACAAUUUCUGUUCUCAUCCUGAAGCAAAGUUCUUAACCCGAGGUAUUAUUUCUGGGUUAACAGAGUCUGUAACCUGAAGCGUCUGUAACCUGAGGUACCACUGUAUCCACUAAAUGCCUCUGCUGUAGUGUUGCCCCAGGGCAUUGUGGGCGAUUUAAAUGUCGGACCUGCUCACAGACGUAGCUGACUAGAGUCGGCAGUGGGCCCAGUUGAAGGGUGUUGUGUGCUGAUUCCAUCAUGGCCCCAUUUUCAGUAAGGCGCUUCCUAACCUCAAGUAUUUGGGGUCUCCUUCAAGGAUUUUUACAUCAAGGUCAUGUUAAUACUUGACUGACAUCCGUCUCUGAAAAAGAAAAACACCCAAUCUUGUUUGAAAAAACUCCUCCUUCUCUUGGGGACAGCCAACACUAAUGGAUCACCUUCAUUAUUCUUCUUUUUAAAAAAGUGACCCUGGACCAUUGAACCACUGAAAUUGCAAGCAAGUAACUGGAAUCCCUCCAAUCUCAGUGCCUAACAAUUGGUUCUGUAUUCUUUUACUUGAGUGUGCAUAUUUUUUGUUCCUGAGCAGUCUCGAGGUCAAUCAACAUUUCAAGGUUUUAUCAUCAGGGAUGGGGACUCUGUGAUGCCUGCUGGACUGCAACUUCCAUCAUUCUUGACCAUUGGCUAAACCACUGGCUGGGGCUGAUGGGAGUGGGAGCCCAGCAACAUGCCAAGGGUCCAUCCUUGUUUUACAUCAACGGCAAGGAACCUACUGUAUUUUUCACUCCAUAAGAUGCACCUGACCAUGAGAUGCACCUUGUUUUUAGAGGAGGAAAGCAAGAAAAAAGCUCUCUGUCCCAAUCUGACAGGUAGAAAGAUCCCCCUCCGUGCUGGCUCCUGGCUGCUCUCAUGCAAGUCACAGAGCACCUCGGACGAAGGGAACUCUAAAAAGUGUUCUAAGGCCCUCUUCCCCCGCCUCGCCUUUCCCCACCACCUCGUGUGGGCGGGGGACGUUUGCAUGGGCGCUGCCAUUAGGACACUCGCACAGGCCACACCCUGCCACUCUGGGAACCAAAGUCCCCAGCUCCGCCGCUACCCGGGACCACAUAUUCACUCCAUAAGACGCACAGACAUUUCCCCUUACUUUUUAGGAGGAAAAAAGUGUGUCUUAUGGAACGAAAAAUACAGUAUGUUUGCAAGCUCCACUAGGCACUUGGCUGGCCUCUGUGAGUACAGGAUGCUAUAACAGAUAGGCUGUUUUGGUUUGAUCCAGUAGGGCUCUUGCAUACUGUAACCUGACCUGAAUCCAUGGGAUAAGGAUUCUGUGAGACAGAAAUUAAAAUAAGCCAAUUACAGAGUUGACUUUUGCUUGUGAGGAAGCUUUCUUGUGAAUGGAACUCAGCACUGAAACCAUGACUCAACAUCCUGGGGGUGGGGUGGGGGUAGGAGAAACAACCCAACAACAAUAACAACAAAGUUAUUUAUUUACAUUUUUUAUUGUGUAUGUAUGUGUCUAUCUAUCAUCUAUCUAUCAUCUAUCUAUCUAUCUAUCUAUCUAUCUAUCUCUAUCUAUCAUCUAUCUAUCUAUCUAUCUAUCUAUCUAUCUAUCUAUCAUCUAUCACCAUUGUUACCAAGGCACCCAAGAUAGUUCACAAGUUUAAAACACUAAUGCAAGUACUUUAUAUAAAACAAAGAUUGACAGAGCCCUCUUAUGCCAACUGGGAGCUGAUGGUAUGUGUGCUGCCCUGCUGGGGUGAAAAGCAGAGCUGAGCCAAAAUUUCUCAGAAGUGAUGUUACUGAGGGAAAUCAGAAUUUUCUCUUUUCUUCACCCUUUUUCUCAAAUCUCGGGCGGUAGAGCAUGAAACUCUUACUCUCAGGGUUGUGGGAUCAAGCGCCAUGUUUGGAAAAAGAUUCCCGCAUUCCAGGAGGUUGCACUAGAUGACCCUUGUGGUCCCAGUUCUACAAAUCCAUGAUUCUAUGAACAAUCUCUCUCUCUCUCAUGGCCCAGGGAAAGGGUGGAGAAUCUUGGGAGAGGUCCUUUCCCCUUUACAGCUCUUUCUGUAGGCAGAGAAUAUUCCUUGUGAUGAAGGGCUGUAGCUCAGCAGGAAAGCAUCUUCUUCGCAUGCAGAAGUUCCAAUUUUAAUCCCCAGCGUCUCCACAUGGAGCUGAAGGAGACACCAUUCCUGAAACCCUGGUAAACAGCUGCCAGUUUGUGUAGACAGUACUGAGCCAGAUGGACCUGGGCAUCUUUCCUAAUCAAAGGGCUGUGUCACUGCUCCAAAAACUGGAGUGAAAGCUCAGCUCACUGGGACUCAAUCCCAGCAGUGUUAGAAGACCCUUUCUAUUGAAAAGAAAAAGGAGUGCAAUGUGCUUUUAGAUAGGGAAGCAUUCCUCUUUCCAUCAACUCUCUUUGUAUCCCACAAGUUGAAACUCAAAGCUUCCAACUUCAUUGCCAGGAGUGGGAAAGGUCAGGGUGAAAUGAAGGUGGCUGUGUGCUCCCUUGGCUAAGGGAGAGCAAGCGAGACCCAGCUGGCUCACAAAAGGACUUCUUGAGGCAGUCAAUAGACAAAGAGGAUCAGCUGUCAAGGGAGCUUGGGGGCUGCCCAAGGAUUUUAAGUGCCUCUCAUCAAAAGCAACAAGCCCGACGCCAAGCUUAUAUUUACCCGUUCACCCCCUUAUGUAACUGCUGCGGCUUAUAUACUUCCACUUGGACUCUUCAUUGAUAGAGGCAACAGCUCGGCAGAUAUCUUGCAUCCCAUCACGAUGAAGACUCUGGUCAACCUUGGCCUCCUCCUGGCUUCUCUCCUGGGUAAAGGUGAGUCCAUGUCACGGGGGAAAUGCUGUUCCCUGACCUGCCUAUUUGGUGUAAUAAUAAUAGUAAUAAUAAUUAAUUUGUACCCUGCCCACCUGACUGGGUUGCCCCAGCCACUCUGGGAGGCUAGAAUUAAGUACAGUGGAACCUCGGAAGCCAAAGGCCUGUAAACUCAAAUGUUUCAGCUCCUGAAUGAUCGAAAACCGGAAGUGAUUGUUCUGGUUUUCAAAUGAUUUUCGGAAGCCGAACGUCUGGCGUGGCUUCCACGGCUUCCGAUUGGCUGCAGGAUGGUCCUGCAGCCAAUUGGAAGCUGUGCCUUGGAAGUCGAAUGUUUUGGAAGUUGAACGGACUUCUGGAAUGGAUUCCGUUUGACUUCCAAAUGCCACACUUUUGAUUUCAAUGGCCCCUGAGCCCAGCUAUCUCAGUCUGGAGGACCUCACCCAGUGCAUCCCCUGCGGAUGCAAAUAUUCUGUUGAGUGUCCUCAUUUCUAAUUAGCUAGCUUCAUUUAUACAAGCUUGUCUCCUUCCGCUUCCUCUGCUCCUUUCUGCAGGCUCCUGCCUAAUCUGUGAGACCUGCAUCAGCCCUGGUGAAGGCUGCAUUGGCCUGGCUCAUCCCUGCAGAAUGAAUGAAGACACCUGCCUAACCAUCGUGGGAAUGAACUCUUUGGGUGAGUGAUGCAAAGUGGGACACGCAAGUCCCGCCUUGGCCCAGUAGAAGGAGAAAGGGGGUCUCUGAUUCCUGCAGAUUUUAGGCUUCAAGGAACAUCAGUUUCCUUUUCCUGUGUGCUAUCCAUAAAUCUUCCUUUAAGCUUUCAAGCUUGCAGGCAUAUCUCUUUCGGAAGUCUGCAAGGAGGAUGUGAGGAUAACAGUGAUCUGCUGUUGUUCCCCACAGACUUAAGGCAACACCUGCACCUUCACUGCAUUCUUUUCAGCACUUGCUGAAGUUUUAGACAAGCCUACCCAGAUGUUUAAAAACUUUAUAUGAGUUUUAAUUGGUUUUAGUCUAUUCUGUUGUGGUUUAAAUUUCUUGUAUGCUGUGUUUUUUUUAGUCGUUUCAUUGUUUUAUCUUUUUUUGUAAACUGCUUUCAAGUUUCCUUCCCCCUACAGUCAAGCAGUAUAUAAUUUUUAUGAAAGAAAUAAAAUAUUCAUUUAAAGCAGUAUCAUAAUGCUUUUAACAGGCAUGGCUUCCCCCAAAGAAUCCUGGGAGCUGUAGUUUAUUAAGGGUUCUGAGAUCUCUUAGGAGAACCCCUAUUCCCUUCACAGAGCUGCAGUUACCAGUGUUCCUUGGGAUGGGAAAACCAUACAAUUACAGAAUUGUAGAGUUGGAAGGGACCACGAGGACCAUCUAGUCUAACCCCCUUGCAAUGCAGGAAUCUUUUGCCCAAGCUGGGGCUCAAACCCACGACGCUGAGAUUAAGAGUCUCAUGCUGUACCAACUGAGCUAUUGAUGGUUAAAGCUGAAUUGUAGCUUUGUGAAGGGAAUAGCGGUCUCUCCUAACAAUUCUCAGCACCCUUAGUGCAGAUGGGGUCUAAUAUUCAGUGGCAUGAUCCUCCUGAUUGCUCCCACCAAGGUCCUCUGAGGCAAGAGGGCACAGCAGAGCAACUGGAACAUACACAUGUUGUGAUGGGCGCAAGCUUUUCUUGCUGAUAUUUUUUGCAGAUGUUCUCAAAUCCUCAGCCUUUGUGCAAAAAAGAGAGGAAAAUCUACCAUGAACCAGCUCUCUUAAUGGCUGUUUUUCAUUUUCCAGGUGGUGAUGAUACCACAGAGACCCUCAAGACCUGCAUUGCUGCUGAAGAUUGCUAUUCUGGUUCCAUCAGUGUCACCACCAAUGCUGGGCUCCACCUUCAAAGCAUCUCUAGCUGCUGCCAGGAUGACCUCUGCAACCGUUGGGAACUGACCUGUAUGGAACUCUCUGCUUCUCUCCUCUAAGCGGUUUUGCCUUGACCCGUGCUUUCUAGGCAUGAGUCCCAGCAGCUUUCCCCUUGUCCCAUUCCUUUCUCAGGGAAAGCCUGCUCUUUCACUUUAAAUUGGAGCAAACAACAAUCUGGUGAAUACCCAAACUGCUGUUUGCUCCAGUUCAGCACUAAAGAGUCAUUUUACGACUUCUUUGUGGAACAUCCUCCCAUUAGACAUCAGAUGUCAAGGAAAUAAAGUACUACACAACUUUUAGAAGGCAUCUAAAGGCUGAGGAAACCCAGCCAGAUGGAUGGGGGUAUAAAUUGUUGUUGUUAUUUACAUACCCCGGACAUACCCCGGGGGUAAGCAGCCUUCACAGUACCUCAUUUCCAAACCCUGCAUAGGCCAAAGACCUCUGGUGUCUUGCACUGCUCAAAGAUUGAGGUGGCAUGAAACAAUAUGUUGUGCCUCACAGUUUGGGAGCGACUGGGCUUUACAUGGGUUUUUCUCCACAGUGCCACCUACAAACCUCACCUCCAAUGGAUUGCAGUGUCCAGCUUGUUCCGUCUUUGGUUCCAGCCACUGCAAGGCGACUGAGAUGCUGAAUUGCACCGGAACAGACAAUCGCUGCAUCAUGGUAUCUGGGACACUGAAUGCCGGUAUGAGUAAAAAAGCAUAUACUGUAGUACUCUGUCAAUUGAUUUCAGUCACAUAAUGCACAAUAAGAAGCAACAGACACUAAAACUAUGAUUUCCCACAGAGUGGCCAGCCCUAUUUGCCAGGUGGUAAAAAUAAAUAAAAAUAGAAGACCCCACACCCCCAGCCCUGGAGGUAGUCCUAGCGCUACCUAGAGAUUGAGUCUGGGGCCUUCUGCAUGUGAAGAAGUUGUGCAUCUGCCACUGACCCUUCCCCGUCAAGCUUUGUGUUGCUAACCAACCUCAUCCUCUGCCCGCAGGUGGUCUUCCCUCUACGUUCACAGCAAGAGGAUGUAGCACAGAGACGGCUUGCUCAUUGCCCCUGGGGACGGCCCUUUACUCAGCAGGAGUGAUCUUCAACCUUGACAAGGUGUCAUGCAGCCCGGCCCCGAAAGCCACAGAAAGCCACUAAGGGGGAAGAAGGUGGUUCAGGAACAACAAGCCCUGUGAAACACCCAAGGUGGCAUCCAAGCCAUUCAUCUCAAGCCCUCUUAGGCCAAUUUAAGAGUCCCUGCUUCCCCCAGGGAAUCCUGGGAACUGUCAUUUGUUGAGGAUCUCCUAACAACUCCCAGCACCCUUAACAGCUCCCAGGAUUCUUUGAGGCAAGCCAUGACUCUUUUUUUUUUAAAAAAAAAAUUUAUUGAAAAAUAUUAACGACAUAAAUUAUCAGUCAACAUAACCAAUUACAUUUCCCCCCUUUUUAUUCCCUCCCCUCUCUCCAUCUCCCACCCCCCAGAGACUUUCCUCAGCUCCCCUCUCUGAUUUGUUUAUACAUAUUUUUCUCUGCAUAUUAUAGAAUUGUACAUAUCAUUACCUUAUCCAUCAUAUGUUCUACUAAUAAAUUUUUGGAUGUUUAUUCAAAGCCUGCCAAGGAGUUCAAAUCGUUUUGUUGUCUUUUUAAAUAGUUUGUAAAAAUCCCCAUUCUUCCCUGAAGUCACUGUUGUCCUUCUCACAUAGUUUAUAUGUCAACUUUGUCAAUUCCGCAUAGCUCAUCGGUUUUUCUUGCCACUGUUCUUUCGUUGGGAUUUCCUCAUUCUUCCAUCUUUGUGCUAACAGGCCGCUGUUGUAGCAUACAUAAACAGGUUCUUUCUUUUUCUUGUCAGAUCUCGUCCUAAAAUCCCUAACAAAAAUGCUUCUGGUUUUUUUUUACAAAUGUCAUUUUAAACAUGAGAGCCAUGACUCUGAAAGUUGUAUGAAAGUGUUUGAAAGGUAUGACAUGGAUAUGAUCCGAAGAUUCUAUUGCCCUAUUGACUUCCACCACAGUUGGAGGCAGCAAUGUUCUGAAUACCAGUAACUGGAUGCCACAGGAGAGGGCUCUUGUGUUCAAAUCCUCCCACAGGCAUCUAGUUGGUCACUGUGAGAAAUGGAUUUUGGACUAGAUGGACGACUGGCCUGAUCCAACAGGCUCUUCUUAUGUUCUUAUGCUUCUCUUCCUCUCACUGUGUUUGGGGCAUGAUUCCCCCCCCCCCAUAUCCUUCUGCGUUGUCCUUCAAUAAACUGGCAUGGAAAGUAGCAAAAAUAACACACAUCAUUUUUACCUCCGCCUCUCAAGGCCUGGCUGGGGCCAGGGGAGACUGGGUUUUGACCUGGUCCAGGAAGCUGAAAUCUAAAGAUAUCUCUGUAAAUUUUCUUGUGUUGACUGGAGAAAAGCAGUCACAUACCAGUAAUAAAAAGUGAGAGCUGGAGUGCGGGGAGGCAAGGAAAGAGGAAGAAAAUUUCUUAGGUUUUAGGCCAGUUCUUCUAUCAAAGCAAGGGUGAAAGAAAACAGAGCCACCCUUUGCUUUCCUUGUUAUUUUAAAAAUGUCUUAAUCAUUUUAAAAAUAAAUAAUAAUAAUAAUAAUAAUAAUAAUAAUAAUACCAAUUUUACUGUUUAUACCCCACCCAUCUGGGUGGGUUUCCCCAGCCACUCUGGGCGGCUUCCAGGACAUAUAAAAACAUCAAACAUUAAAAACUUCCCAAUACAGCGCUGCCUUCAGAUGUCUUCUAAAAGUUGUGUAGCUCUUUAUCUCCCAGACAUCUGAUGGGAGGGUAUUCCAAAGGGAGGGUGCCACGCUGUUUAUAGAGGUUCUUAAGGUUUAUAGAGAAAAAAUGCAAAGCUCAAUAUCUUUUCUCUUUUUAAAAAACAAAACACAAAAGGGGGAGGAGAUAGAAAUAGAAAAAGGAAAUGAAAUAAAUAAUAAAGAGUAAAAAAUUGGUUAAAAGAGAAAGAUAGAAAAAAAAUACGAUUAAGAAAAUAAAGAACUUCCCUUUCUUCAUCUGUCCACUAUAUAAAAAACAAUAUUAAUUUUGCCCAGUCCUGUGUAUAACACUCAACAAAACCACUUUCUAUUAACAAAUAUUAUUUCCAAUCCUCAAAUCCAGAUAUCAUUAUUUCCUUUUCCGGCAAAAGGUCUAUAGG